AUUGACAACCAAACCAUGGGCCAACCCAACGACUCCAAUUGCAUCACCAUUCACCACGAUAUAUCUUCCCAUGAUUCAGCUUUGAGUUGGAGACACCCAUUUCUCCCUUCCUCAUCUUCUCCCAAGAAUAUGGUCAUCUUGGGCAGGAAAUCGCCUCCGGCCACUGGGAAAAUCGCCUCUAUUUGGAGUUCCGACGGCGGCACGAGCCCAAGGAGCCGUCUGGAUUCCAGAACUCAGUCCCCGAGAGGGUUAAAGAACUACGAUCUAGGUGGCGUUGGGCUCGGAAUUCUGGCCGUUCUUCACAAAUGCGGCGAUUCCGGGUCGGGAAACUUGGCCAAGAGGCCGGUGCUGGUCCAAAAUACAUGCCGGGUCAUUCCUAUUUCGGCGAAACAGCAAAACAGCGGUGCUUCACACGGAGCAAGAUUAGAGGAUUACACUUCGGUCACUCGCCAUGAGCCGGAGAAAUCGUACACGAGAGACUACUGUGACGGAUCGGCUGAUCAAUUUUACGGCACGAGGAGGAGUGAUGAAACUGGGUUUGAUAGGAGAAGUAAGAACGGUGGCUUUCCGGUCUUCCACAUCUCCCCGCCGGCCAGGACGCCGGAGAAAUUCCCCGCCGGCCCGGCUUCCUAUUUUCUCAGUUGCUGCCAUCUGUGCCAGAAGAAACUCCAUGGCAAAGACAUAUACAUGUACAGGGGAGAGAAAGGAUUUUGUAGCAAGGAGUGUCGGUACAAGCAAAUAGUUAUGGAUGAGAGGAAAGAACAGUGCAGCUCUGAAGCAUCAAGAUCAGCUAGUGAUGUUGCUGCAAGCUUGGCUUACCCCACCGCCCAGAUAUUCUCUCCUGGAAUUCUAGCAGUUUAGCUAGCUAGGCUGAUUGCUUAUUAUUAUUAUUAUUAUUAUUAUUAUUAUUAUUAUUGGAGAUAUAUACAUAAAGUGCACAGGGAAACUAUAAAGAUAAGAGAUUCAGAAUAAGUUUAGAAAUUUUCCAGGGAGAAGGAAAGCUUAUGGUGUAAUGAGAAUUUUGAAGGGUUCCCUUCUUAUGGUGGUUGUAGAAAGGGAAGAUGAGUUGAGGAAAGCAUGUUUAAUUAUUUAUUAUGUGCUUCUUUGAUUCACUUUUGGAGCAAAGAUCUGAGAUCGAUUCAUGAUUUGAUU